GCGCAAGUAUGGGAGGGAGCGGCGGACGAGGCGGCGGCAUGGCGGGCGAUGCACCGCCCGGGUUGCCGUCCGCCGCCGCCCCCAAAGGGCCGCCGGAGGCCGCGUCCGCUCCGGCCCCGCCUCGUGUGGAGGCCCCGCCUGCGGCUCCCGCCCCCGCGGCGUCGGGCGGGAGGACCGCAGGGAGGACCGUCUCGUUUAGCUGCUCGAGCUGCGCCAAGAAGCUCAUCCUGCGCCUGAGCGCCUCGCAGCUCGCCUCGCCCACGCCCAUCACCUGCUCGUGCUCGAGCUGCGGCUCCGUCUUGAAAAUCAACCUGCCGCCCUCCGACAAGGCGAAGCCGAAGCCGCCGCCGCUGCCACCGCCGAGCGCCGCGGCGCCGGGGCCGUCUUCGCUCCGCCCCCCGCCCGCGCCCAAGCCGGCCAAGGGCGGCGCAGCGCCGAGCGCGGCGCCGAAGACGGUUGAGCGCACCUUCCAGUGCUCGUGCGUGAGCUGCGGCGCCAAGCUCCGCUUCACGCUCUCCUGCCCUCCCAACGCGUGCACCGCCUCCACCAAGUGCGCGAUGUGCCACGCCGAGCUGCGCGUGCGCAUCCCCUCGCUCAAGCCGCCCGCGCCAGGCGCCGAUCCGUCCCCCGGCGCCAGCAGCGAGCGGACCCGCGCGUGGGCGUGCGGCGUGCGGGACGCCGCCUUCGCCGAGGAGGAGCGGGAGGACACGGAGGCGCCGCUGCCGCUGCCCGAGGCGCUGCUGCACUGGCAUUGGGCCAACCUAGAGUACGCCAACGGGACGCAGCUCCACUCCCUCUCCAACCGCUGGUGGGACGCCGACGACGAGUUCGACUUCGGAGGCGGCCACUACCUGCUGCCCGACGGGUACGGCGGGCUGCUGCGCAAGGUGGCUGCUGGCCUCGACAUCCGGCUUGGGCACGAGGUCAAGACGGUCAAGAAGGAGCCGCGCGGCGUGCUCGUCGAGGCGGUCAACGGAGGCAGCCCGGUCAUCUUCACGGCGGACGUCGCCAUCUGCUCGCUCCCGCUGGGCGUGCUCAAGGCCGGCGCGGUGGUGUUCGAGCCGCCGCUCCCGCCGCGCAAGCAGGAGGCGAUCGAGCGACUCGGCUUCGGGUCGCUCAACAAGGUGCUGCUCGGCUUCGAGCGGCCCUUUUGGGAGGAGCGCGAGGGCGGCCGCGACUUUUGGGGGUGGACGGCGCCCAACGGGCGCAGGCGCGGCGAGGCCUUCCAGUUUUGGAACCUGCAGCGCUCCACGGGACGGCCUCUGCUGCUGGUGCUCCACGCCGGCCGCGCGGCGCUUCGCAAGGCGCGCGCCCCUCUGCGCGAGGCGCCCGGUGGGCAAGAGGCACCGCCGCCCCUCCAGCCGCCCCCCGUCGCCGCCGGCAGGAGGACACGCGCGAGGAGGCGAAGGAGGCCGCCAUCCGCGCGACGAUGGACGCUCUGCGCGCCAUCUUUGGGGAGGAGGCCGUGCCGGCGCCGACGCUCAAGCUGGCCACCCAGUGGGAGCACGAGCACUUUUCGCGCGGCGUCUACUCGCACGUCGCCGUCGGCGCGACGGCGCGCGACUACGACGUGCUCGCCGAGCCGCUGUGGGGCGACUCGCUCCUCUUCGCGGGCGAGGCGACCUCGCGCGAGCACCCGGCGACGGUUGCAGGCGGCCCGGUCCACGCAUGGCGCGCGGCCCACCGCCUCCAGCGCUCCUUCAGGCGUCCGUCUGCGCGCGAAUAGGUGCCUUCCUCAGCGGCUUGCGCGAGGCCGGCCGGAUUGAUUGCGCGCUGCACCCGAAGCUGCCGACGCAGCCGGCCGCCGCGCUGGCGCGGCGAGGCAGCGCGCCACGGCCUCCGGCAGCGGCGCCCGCGCCGCCCGCGCCGCCCGCGCCGCCCGCGCCGCCCGCGCCCGCCGCGCCAGUGGCGCCCGCCGCGGCAAGCCCCGCGCCCGCCGCGCCCGCCGCCCCAGUGGCGUUGGAGCGUCCUGUGGCAGCGGAGCGCCCGGCCGCUGUGCCUGCGCUGCCCGUUGCGCCGCCGCCCGCCGGGUUUCCUGAUGCACU